AUGGGUGGUAACACGGAACAUAUAGCAGGCCAUGGCUACCUCUCUCUCGGUCAGGCUGUCCACGUUGCUCAAAACAGCGAAGGAGGCGUUGACCAGCAACUUGCUCAAUUCCUCGAAAAGCGUCUUGCCGUAGUCUGGUCAAAACUAAACGCUCAACCACAAUCCUACAUCCUGCCUCCAGACGAGUUCGCGCUUAUGAACUAUUAUCGCACACGAUUUGGAGAUAACGAAGUACUGGCUAUCAUAUAUCGACAUCGAAUUUCUUACUUGGCGUUCAUCGGUGCACCAAGAUACCUGGACUUUUUCCGAGAUACCUCUGACAACGGAGUAACGGCGUUAAACACAGCAAACCACUACUGGCCGGUUGCAAAAAUGGCGUUUAGCAUGUGUAACUGGAAGCGCAAGAGCGAUGGAGUUUCUGCAAGGCGCAAUGGCGAAUUAUUAGAAUUGGCAUCACCUUUACGAGCAGCACCCAUCUACGGACAGUCACGUCUCGUAGCACUGCUCUUAAUACUAAUGACGCUAUCUCAAUCUGCUUCCGCUCUACUGACGACACCCCCGUUUGCGCAGUCCCGUUCCCAGACCUUGUCCUUGAGAAACCGUGCUACGAACGAAUCGUCCCUUCUAGAGUGUCUUGAGGUUACGCCACCGGUCCUGAGUCCAACUGACGCAUGCCAGCAAACUUUGAUGGUCCAUACUUUUGCCUACUCGUACGGCCAACCUUUUGUAGGUCAGUACAAUCCACCGAACUGCAGCUUCAACAGAGUCACGAUCAACUUUACUGUCACUUCCGCUGGCCGACAAUUCGACCGGCUUGCUUUGAUGUUCCUUGAUGACACCGAGGUAUUCCGUACUUCCACCGCUGAGCCGACUCAGAGCGGCAUCAUAUGGAGCUAUGUCAAGGACAUGACCGGCUACCUUGCUCUGUUCAAGACGCCACAGAAGAUCAUCUUUGAUCUCGGCAACAUCGUCGACGAUACAUAUACUGGUCUCUGGGACACCACGCUCACCGCGACCUUCUUUACUGCCGACGACGCGAUCGAGCCCGCAGAUGUCAUCAUUCCAAUCUCAGCACGAAAGUCUGGCGAGGAUGCGUCGAGUGCGUUCGUCGUCCCGGAAACAAGAGCAGUCAACAGUGCUACACUCCCAAAGAACGCCAAGAAAGCUGUCUUCUCGAUCUCCGCUUGUGGUCAGGCCGCUGAAGAGUUCUGGUGGAGCAACGUACUGUCAUCAGACACUACCGCAUUCGGCAACGACACUACACUGUAUGGUCACUCGGCCUUCCGAGAGCUUCGUCUUCUGAUCGACGGAACCUUGGCUGGUGUUGCCUGGCCCUUUCCCGUCAUCUUUACUGGAGGUGUUGUGCCGGGAUUCUGGAGACCGGUCGUAGGCAUCGAUGCAUUUGAUCUGCGGGACGACGAGAUAGACAUCACUCCAUUUAUAUCAUUACUCAGCGACGAUCAACCCCAUAGCUUUGAAAUACAGGUUGUCGGCGUUGAUGAUGAUGGUCGCGGACAUGGGAACUUUACGACGGCGAUCGGAUCGAAUUGGGUCGUUACAGGAAAGAUAUUCGUUUGGCUCGACUCCGGUAACAAUCCUACAACAGGCACAGUUGCUACCUCUCGCUCUACUUCCGUCAUUACACUGCAAUCGACAACACGUGGAAACUCGAACAGCAGUGAAGGCAUAUCUUUGGAUUACUCUAUACAGGUCACUCGUAACGUGGACAUCAAGUCUACCAUUGAUACACCCACAGGAUCGAAAACGGUAACAUGGACACAGAAGCUCACCUUCUCCAACAUCGGCACUCUCAGCAAUGGCGGUAACGACCAGAUCGUUCGCCAAUCGACAACAGGCACACAUACAUCAUCCUCCGACUAUUCUAGAAGCUUUGAAUAUCCCCUUUGGGUUCUAUCAUCCUACAAUGCACCAGUGGGAGGCAACGUUACCAUUGACGCAAGCAUGGAUCGAAGUAAAAACGUGCUGCAGCAAGGCGACUUGGCCUUUCCAAACGACUUGAAGACGUUCGACUACACACGCCUACGCUCGAUGCCUUACAGCAACCUGGCGUUCCCUAGUUCAGACUUGAAAAACAGGCAGAAUGGCACAGCAUCUUAUUUGUCCGUCCCCGCACUCAAGAAGUCAUUUGGAUCAGGCAACACGGAGCAACGCCUUACACUCAGCGAGGGCACACAAGAAGUGUACCAAAGGCACAUUGUAGCUUCCAACGACUCGAUCGUGUAUGACGACCAAAGCUUCGGUGGUCAGGCGCGUGGCCAAAGCAAAUUCGCCGCACCCGGCCAGCAGGGCUCCCGAGAAAGAGCGCAUGACUUUGCGGCAACAGGCGUUAGGGCGAUGCUAGGUAGGGGGCCACUGUAG